GGCGUGCUGUGCGACGAGAACACUUUGCAACGUGCCAUGAUGAUUUGUUUUUCGUCUUGUGUUUUGUUUUGGAUUGCCCUGAAUGAGACAGCUACUAGCCGGGAUGAUAGCAGAGCCUGCUUUUCUCUCUGAAUACACUAUCUUUGCUUUGGAUUCCUCCAAAGAGCCUAAACCCCAGAGUGGCCGUGUGAAUGCGUCUGCCUACGCCAGGAGCUCUUCUGACAGUGUUAAUGGAAGUGAGCCAACCAUUCAUCAGUCAGGUGACACGCAGUCUUUUGCACAGAAGCUCCAGCUCCGGGUGCCUUCCAUGGAGUCUCUGUUUCGAAGUCCAAUCAAGGAAUCUCUGUUCCGGUCUUCUUCCAAAGAGUCUUUGGUGCGAACCUCGUCCAGGGAGUCCUUGAAUCGGCUUGAGCUGGACAGCUCCCCUGCUGCCUUUGACCCGCCCUCUGACAUGGAGAGUGAGGCCGAGGACGCCCUUGGCGGUUCGGACAGUCUCAACAAAGAACAGUUGAUUCAGCGCUUACGAAGGAUGGAACGAAGCUUGAGCAGCUACAGAGGAAAGUAUUCGGAGGUACGGGCAGAGCCUUCUGUUCCCAGUAGACAGAGUGCUGAGCACAUCAGAGUUGGAUGCCACUCAUCCAAAGCCUUCGCUCCUGUCCUGUUCUCGCCUUCCUGUGACAUCACUUCUUUUAGCCGUGUGCUUAUUCAGCUAAACUGGACUGCCCAGGUCCUGUGCUCAGUUGGUACCGGUAGGUAG